CACUGCCAUUUCUCUAGCUCCCACUUCGCUCUCCUUUUAUCUGGUAAACUCAUUUUCUGUUCGUACUAAGCUAGGGUUCAAUUCGAGGCUGUGGAUUUUGUUGUUCUCUUAGGUUUUUUUCCAAAUUCUCUGAGAGUAAAGAAUCUGACUGAACAUGGCUGAGGCUGCACCAGUUAAUGCUGAAUUGUUGGAAUGGCCAAAGAAAGAUAAGCGUCGGUUCCUUCAUGCCGUGUACCGUGUUGGUGAUCUAGAUCGCACAAUCAAGUUUUAUACUGAAUGUUUUGGAAUGAAGCUUUUGAGGAAACGAGAUGUUCCAGAGGAGAAGUACUCCAAUGCUUUUCUUGGUUUUGGCCCAGAAGAGUCUCAUUUUGUUGUUGAGCUAACAUACAAUUAUGGGGUAACCUCAUAUGAUAUUGGAACUGGUUUUGGGCAUUUUGCAAUUGCAACUGAAGAUGUUUACAAAAUGGUUGAGAACAUCCGGGCCAAGGGUGGCAAUAUCACUAGGGAGCCUGGUCCGGUUAAAGGUGGAUCAACUGUUAUUGCCUUUGUGAAGGAUCCUGAUGGUUAUAUUUUUGAGCUCAUCCAAAGAGGUGGCACACCUGAGCCUCUCUGCCAAGUAAUGCUUCGUGUUGGAGAUCUGGAACGCUCAAUCAAAUUCUACGAGAAGGCCUUGGGGAUGAAGGUAGUAAAGAUGACUGAUAAACCUGAAUACAAGUACACAAUUGCCAUGCUGGGCUAUGCAGAGGAGCAUGAGACCACUGUUCUUGAGUUGACUUACAAUUAUGGUGUGACUGAGUACACCAAGGGAAAUGCAUAUGCACAGGUUGCUAUCAGUACUGAUGAUGUGUACAAAAGUGGUGAGGUGGUUAACGUGGUCACGCAAGAGCUUGGAGGAAAGAUUACUCGGCAAGCUGGGCCAAUUCCUGGGAUUAACACCAAAAUUGUCUCUUUCCUGGAUCCUGAUGGCUGGAAGACUGUCCUGGUUGACAAUGAAGAUUUUCUGAGUGAACUUCACAAGCAGGAGUGAUUAGCGGGUGUUUGCUACUACUCGUAUGAAUAAAUUAGAGCUUUGGUUUUACGGUACCCAGUAUGUAUGUAAUAUGGCUUAUGGACCCUAUGGUAAUGGUCUUGUGAUUAGUACUCUGUUCUGCUGCUUGAACAUCCGAGAAUUUACCCCUUUUCUGCAUACGGUGUUCUCUCAAUUAUGUGUAAUGUGGCUUAUGGACCCUAUGGUAAUGGCCUUGUAAUUAGAACUCUGUUCUGCUGCUUGAACAUC